AGAACGACAACGCGAAGCUUCAAUGGCGAUAAGGCAGCAACGAACGGCGGCGCAACAGCUACCCAAACGCGACGACGGCAAGCCCAGCCACUCGACGACCACGGCAACACCGCGACACUCCAAUGGCGGCGGCAAGCACGAGUUCGAUGACAGAGAUCCGACAAAGCUGGCAGCAAUGGGCUUCCUCCAUACUUGCGAGCACGACGGCAGCGAUGGGGUUGACGGGCUUCCUCUCGACGCUGCUCUCUGCCUCGGUUCUGGUGAGCGCGACAACGAUGACGACCAGACAGCGGCUGCGUGGCUAUGGCGGCAGCGGCGAGGACCCUUCCAGCGGCGCCUCCUCUGGAUCUCCCUCUCUUCCGUUCAACUCUCUCUCUCUCUCUCUCUCGGGUCUCACUCUCUCUCUCCCCUCUUCCCCGAUCAACUUCCCCCCUUUCUCUCUUCCCUUUCUUUUCUUUUCUGUUCUUGAAGUGGGUAUGUGAAUGGCGGUGGUAA